AACCGAGAUUAAUAUAAGGGCAAAUCGGUCACUCCAACUUUAUCUUUCCAUCAUAAAUAAUCAGAUUCCAUAUCACCGAUACGUUUCGCAAAAUACCAUAAACAGCCACAACGUAAACGAAAUUUCCCAAAUGGUUCAAAUUUGAACCUAGACAAAAACAUCAUUAUAAUUAUUAUUAAUUGUUUUUGUGUGUAUGUGUAGGAGAGCGAGAGAUAUAUAACUCUCUCAACUAUACUGAACAUUAUACAGAUCUCCAUGGGUCUUUGGGAAGCAUUGCUCAAUUGGCUUCGAAGCCUCUUCUUUCAGCAGGAAAUGGAGCUUUCUUUGAUAGGGCUGCAGAAUGCAGGAAAAACGUCACUUGUAAAUGUCAUUGCUACUGGUGGAUACAGUGAAGACAUGAUACCGACAGUGGGAUUUAACAUGCGGAAAGUGACUAAGGGAAAUGUGACUAUAAAAUUGUGGGACCUUGGAGGUCAACCCAGAUUCCGCAGUAUGUGGGAAAGAUACUGUCGUGCUGUUUCUGCUAUAGUUUAUGUUGUUGAUGCUGCUGAUCAUGAUAACGUAAGUAUUUCAAGAAGUGAAAUCCAUGACCUGCUGAGCAAGCCAUCAUUGAGUGGUAUUCCAUUGCUGGUAUUGGGUAACAAGAUCGACAAGCCUGGAGCCCUUUCCAAGCAAGCUUUGACUGAUCAGAUGGAUUUGAAAUCGAUUACAGAUAGGGACGUGUGUUGCUAUUUGAUAUCAUGCAAAAAUUCCACCAAUAUUGACUCAGUUAUUGAUUGGCUUGUUAAGCACUCAAAAUCAAUGAGUUGAGCUGCAAAAGGAAGCCCGGCUCCAAGUGGUUCAAGCCCUCUCUUGUUCUUGUACUACUACUGAUCAAUAUGUUAAAGUUGUCAGGUUAUUCCUUUUGCUGGUUUCCUCAUAGUUUUCUUUAUGUAAAGCAAAUUAUUUUCCCAAUUGAAAAGAGUUGGUACGUGUAUUUACUUAUGUGAUUAUCCAUGCCUGCAAUUUGUGUACACCUCUUUCCUUCAAUGGAAAUAUGGGCACCAACGUGUUCUUUGGAAAGGACAACUUUGAUUUAUUUUAAGAAACUAAUUUGUUUUUA